GUUCGAGGACCGUCGGUACAAGCUUUUUCCAAUGGUAUGCGUGUUUAAUUGUAAAUGCACACUACUACUAGCAUACCAGGACACCGCAGUGUCCAGUCGUAUUAUUGAGCAACGUUCGUAUUUCCAUACAUGAGUCACCACGCAUUCCCGUGUGCCGGAUAACACGUAGUGUCUGCGGUGUCCUGCGGCAUUGAACGUCGCCUGAACGCUGCAGGUUAGUGAUCACAUGAUUCGGGUAACGCAGCUAGCCCUAGCCUGCUAGUCAUCGCCAAUAGUUGACGUUAGCGCCGACUCAUUGAAAUCUGGUGUUAUUACAGUCGUUUGUUACACAAUUCCUGCUCACCACGACCAGAACGUCGCUGAAGUCGUUUCAGCGGGCUAGUGUCAGGUGUCCCACAUCAUGAAACAGAUGAAACAGAGGCGCAUGUGACUCAGGACGACAACCUUCACUUCAUGAGCUGGACGGGGGUUCGGAGCACAUCCCAUCCAGUCUGCGUCACUCGGUCCAGCGGUCGGUCGCCACGCCGACGUGUACAGCCAUGUCCGCCAAGACAUCCCUCCUCAAAGUGAUCCUUCUGGGCGACGGCGGCGUGGGGAAGAGCUCCCUCAUGAACCGCUACGUCACCAACAAGUUCGACACGCACCUCUUCCACACCAUCGGCGUGGAGUUCCUCAACAAGGACCUGGAGGUGGACGGCCACAUGGUGACGCUGCAGAUCUGGGACACGGCGGGCCAGGAGCGCUUCCGCAGCCUGCGCACGCCCUUCUACCGCGGCUCGGACUGCUGCCUGCUGACGUUCAGCGUGGACGACAGCCAGAGCUUCCUGAACAUGGGCAACUGGAAGAAGGAGUUCGUCUACUACGCCGACGUCAAGGAGCCCGAGAAGUUCCCCUUCGUGGUUCUGGGCAACAAGGUGGACGUGGCGGAGAGGCAGGUGUCGGCCGAAGACGCGCGUCAGUGGUGCCUGGAGAACGGGAACUACCCGUACUACGAGACCAGUGCCAAGGACGCCACCAACGUGGCGGGGGCCUUCGAGGAGGCCGUGCGCCGCGUGUUGUCCAUGGAGGAGAGGACUGAUCAUCUCAUACCGACAGACACUGUGAGCCUGCACAGGAAGCCGCGUUCAGCCAGCUGCUGCUCAUAGCGCCAUGGUUUAACCCACGACGGUUUGCUGACUCUGGGUUAGUGGGGGUUUGGCUUGUUCCUCUGUCAUUAAAAGGAAACUUAAGGUAGAACUGUCUUACUCUGGUCAGAAAACAUAGCAUUUUCCAUCUGUGUGUCCCAUGCGAACACACAGAAAAAUACAAGUGUGUCCUAUUGGUUUAGGGAACUAUUGCUGGUUUUGAAAAGUGAUUUUAUUUUCAAUUCAUAAAUGUUUAACUUGAUAGAAGAUACAUUAUAUGCCGUGUGAGACGUAAACACUUACAUCCUCCCUCCAAAUCCUCCAUGUUGGUUUUAGAUGGCCUCAUAAUAUAUUCAUUUUUUGUACUACAAUCGUCUCUUAAUUUACAAAGGCCUUUUUCUUUUUAAGUGUGUCUAAGUGGUAGAGUUACAUAACAGCUUGAGUGCGAUUCUCAACUGCAGCACCUUUUGGCCUUGUCAGCGUAUGUUUUCACAAUUCUGUGCCAGGAGCGCAAAGGGAGGAAACCUCCAUAAAAUAACAAUUCAAGCAAGUUAACAUGCAUGGCAUUACGUAUUUAUGCUCUCGAAAUUCCUUUUUUAUUUCUUUAUUCUGGUCAAUUAAUGAGACCUAUCAUGUGUGCAAUUUAAAUUGUAUUUGAUCUAUUGCAUUGACAUGAGCUAAACUAUUUUACUAAAGUACUUGCUACGGUUCAACACCAAUAUUUACGCAUUGUUUGUACUAAUUUAAAAUGCUCCCUUUGUUUAACCCUGUCUUACCCAUUGAUCAUUUCAAUCUGAUAUGGUAAUAACGCUAAGUUAUGAUUAAUUAAAAACAAACAAAAUCCUUGUGCA